ACAAAAAAACUGCUGCAAAAAUUUGUUGCCGAACCACUGAAGCUUCGAGCCAAGUGUGAAAGUGGGUCGAUAAUCGAGCCUCGUCAUGCAUUCGGGACGCUGUGGUUUGCAGAGGAGGAUCAAAGGUGGUGACAUCAUCACAGGAAGUGUUCACCCGUCGCCAGCUUGUAUAAAGAUCAGAGCGGCUUUAUCUGGAAUCCAUCAGAAACACCAGCAGAGGAGAAGCCCACAACCUGCAGCCUGAACCUGAUCUCCAGCUGAGCCUUGGGAGCCUUCAUUGUUGAACGAUCAGGACAGGUUGGACAAACGAGACCAGAUCCUCAGAACCUGACAGACCCCCCCAAAAAGAAACAGCAUGUUUGCAGCAUCGAACUCCUCCAAACUGACGGUUGUCAGUGGUGUCCCGAUGAUGAUGAUGAUGAUGAUGAUGAUGAUGAUGAUGAUGAUGACACAGGCAGCAGCGAAGCCACACAAGGGGUUUCCAGUAUUUUCAGAAGAAACUGUCCGUCUGCGUUUGGACUCGAACACUUUACUCCCAAGCGUUAAACUCAGCUCUCUGGCGAACGACUCCAUCUCUCCGUGGUCCUACAACAUCUCCAGGGAUGACUCCAUGUUCCCCAACGCCCUGUCGGAGGCGCACUGUUUGCUGCACGGCUGCCUGGGCCUGGACGGCCUGGAGGACUCCAACCUGAAGUCCCGUCCCAUCAUGCAUCAGGUGCUGGUCCUCAGGCGAGUCAGGGCGGCGGGGGCGGGGCACGACUACCACUACCGCCUGGAGUCCAAACUCAUCUCGGUGGGCUGCACCUGCGUCAGGCAGAAGGUGGUGGUCCAGCAAUGAAGAACGGCCGAUGGCUUUCUGGUGGAAACCUUCAGCAGACACGUGGGGUCUUCACAAGAUGGG